AGAAAGUCAGAAACUAAAGGUGAUAGAUAGAUCAGGGAAAAAGAGAGUGGAAAACAAGAUAGGUUGAAGUAACCCCCAAGCCACAGAUAUACUACCCGUCGUAUCCGAGACUGCUACGAAUCAUUUUGCAGCUAGACAUCUGAUCUGCUGGAGAGGGACAGCGUUCAGUACAGUGGUGACACGAUGGCUCCCUUGAAAUCAGUUGGUUAGCUAAGGUAGUGCCUGUUGGCGCUGUGGUUGCCACCUGACCACACGUCAUUGGUGACCAUCCUCGAACUUCGAUCUUGGCUGAACUUUUGGCCUCUUGUCCUUCCAUUCUCGCCUGCUGUGAACUACCUUUCUACUUAACCAAGACAAGACCGCCCCUUCGUCGCCCGCGGAUCCGCCGCAUCCCGGUAUCGCAACUUCGUAAACGCAGACAAUGGCCGGCUUUCGCCUUACAAUCGAAGACGGCAAGUUCUGCGACGAGCAUGGCAGGCAGGUCAUCCUUAGAGGCAUCAAUGUCGCCGGCGAAGCCAAAUACCCUAGCAGACCCGACCAGCCUUCACACGUCCCUGACGACUUCUUCGACGGCGACAAUGUCAGCUUCUCAAAGAGACCGUUCUCUAAGGACGAGGCGCAUCUUCAUUUCUCGCGGUUAAAGCGCUUCGGCUACAACACGAUCCGCUAUGUCUUUACGUGGGAAGCGAUCGAGGCGGCCGGGCCGGGGAUCUACGACGAGGAGUGGAUAGAGAAUACCAUCGGGAUCCUUAGGGCGGCAAAGAGCUACGGCUUUUAUAUCUUCAUGGACCCUCACCAGGAUGUGUGGUCUCGCUUCUCUGGUGGCUCGGGUGCGCCAAUGUGGACGCUGUACGCGGCCGGCCUCAACCCCCAGAGCUUUGCGGCAACGGAAGCCGCCAUUGUACACAAUACAUACCCGGAGGAGAAGACAUACCCAAAAAUGAUCUGGGCAACAAACUAUUAUCGCCUCGCUGCCGCCACAUUGUUCACCCUCUUCUUCGCCGGCAAGGACUUUGCGCCAAAGUGCAUCAUUGACGGCAUGAACAUUCAAGAUUACCUCCAGGGCCAUUUCCUCCGAGCAUGUGCCCAUCUCGCAAAGCGUAUCCACGAAGCCGGCGACAUCGAAAACGACGUCGUCUUUGGUUGGGAAAGCUUCAACGAACCGAACAAAGGCAUGAUUGGAUACGAAGAUAUCAGUGUCAUACCCAAGGAGCAGGCUCUGAAGAAGGGAACCUGCCCGACGAUAUGGCAGACGAUACUGACUGGGUCGGGCCGGGCUGUGGAGGUUGAGACGUGGGACAUGGGCGGACUCGGCCCGUAUAAAGUCGGGAGGACGCUGAUUGACCCUCAUGGCGAGAUUGCGUGGCUGCCGGUCGGCUACGACGAUUCGCGUUAUGGGUAUAAGAGAGACCCGGGGUGGAAGCUAGGAGAAUGCGUAUGGGCGCAGCAUGGUGUUUGGGAUCCAUCUACCGACACGCUCCUCCAAAAGGACUAUUUUGGAAAACACCCAACCACCGGAGACACCAUCGACUACCCUUACUUCACAAACAAUUACUUCAUGGAUUUCUACCGAAAAUAUCGCGACUUGAUCCGGACGUACCAUAAGGAUGCAAUCAUGCUGCUCCAAGGGCCUGCCAUGGAACUUCCACCGCAAAUCAAAGACACCCCCGACGGCGACGACCCUUUACUUGUGUAUGCGCCCCAUUGGUACGAUGGGAUCACGUUGAUGACGAAGAAGUGGAAUCGCAACUGGAAUGUUGACGUCAUCGGCGUGCUUCGCGGACGGUAUUGGCAUCCUGCCUUUGCGGUGAAGUUGGGGGAGACGGCAAUCCGAAACUGCUUCAAGGACCAGCACGCGGCUAUGCGCCAGGAAGGACUUGACCGCAUCGGAAACCACCCCUGCGUAAUGACAGAGUUCGGCAUCCCCUACGACAUGGACAACCAGUACGCCUAUAAGACGGGCGACUAUGCAAGCCAGUCAGCAGCUAUGGAUGCCAAUCACUAUGCCGUGGAAGGUGCCGGGCUGGAAGGCUAUACCUUGUGGCUGUACAUGUCCCGGAACAACCACGAGAGGGGAGACCAUUGGAAUGGCGAAGACCUCUCCAUCUUCUCAGUCGACGAUAAACUCCUUCCCCUCCCACAGCGACCUCGGAGCUCAGAGCUCGAUGGGUCGACUUCAAGCCUCCUGAAACCCACCACUAGUGCCGCCGGGUCGCGGGAAGAGCAAGACGACGAUGGUAGCGUCACGCCAGCCAACCUCAAACGAUCGAUCACUAACCCAUCGAUAUCAUCAGAGGCUACCACGCGCCAACCAGAACUGACCGCCGCCCCCGGCCAUCGGGCAGCUGAGGCGUACGUACGGCCGGCGCCAAUCUGCGCCGCAGGAGUUAUUACAGAUUACGGAUUCGAUCUUCGCCGCUGCUUCUUUCACUUGACCAUCAAGGCGCCCAAGGCGGCUGACACGGAUGCUCCGACGGUAGUGUUCCUGCCCGAGUACCAUUUCCCCAAAGACGCAUGCUCGGUCGAGGUGAGCUCGGGGAAGUGGGAGAUUAGCAGCGACGAGGACGAGACGGUCCUCCUGCAGCGGCUACGCUGGUGGCACGAUGAUGGGACACAGACACUGAAGGUGUCGGGGGUUGUGAGGAAGCAUAAUGCUGGAGAGGGCCCCGAGGACUUUUAUGAGCAAUGUAACCAGGGUGCGUGGAGUAAUUGCAAUCUCAUGUAGAACGGGCGGGCACAGAGGGCAAGUUAUGAGGUGGUUUGUUUGGUUUGUUUAUAUUGCUCUGGCGUGCAUACGUGGGAUGAGCAGGAGUUUCGGUUGUACAUUUUCUUUUUGGGAGGAUGGCUAUAUUGAGCCGAGCCUGGAUAACCGCAGCAAGCGUUUCCACUACAUCAUCCCGCCGUAUAUAUAUGGAUUGUAAUGUCGUCUCUAAGGAGUGAAGGUUCCACGCUGCUCGAAAUCCUAUGUGUUUCUGCCUCCUUAGAGAAGGUUUAUGAGCGAGUUUGCAUAUAUGGUACUGACCUCCGAUAUUGAGUAUAGUCAACAAUCACCGAGAAAUAGUCAAACAGCUAAGGG